AUGGCAGACGGGCAGGAGCAGAAGGCGGCCUUAGCCUUUACUUUUCAAAAGAAAAAACAUGUCCAAAAAGUUGCUGUUAAUUUGGAGGAGAAGAAGGAUGUAGGACAGCUCAUCUCCGGGAUAGAAGGUGCCAAGAUACAGGUCGUCGGUGGAGAUACCAGCACAGAAGUCAAGACGUAUGUCAUCCCCAAGAUCGAGAACACAUACAAAUCUGGCGUGGGCCCCAAAAAGUUCACACCGUCAUAUAAGCCACCCAGCUCCGACGCCAAUGUCGAUAACUCCGAAGACCGGUUUGUACAGGCAGCUUCCACAGUUCCUGUCAUCACGGAAUAUGGCUUGCAGCUCAGAGAAAACAAGCAAGGGGAUAGUGCCCAGGUCGUGGAGUUCUCGAAUGGAGCCGGUGGGAGCACGACGGCAGCUGCCCUGGAGGCGCGAGCGUUCCGCGAGUCGGUGGUGGAGCUGCCCGAUGCUAUGGACGUCGAGGCCUACGAAGCGAUGCCGGUGGAAGAGUUCGGCAAGGCCAUGCUUCGUGGCAUGGGCUGGGAGGAAGGUAUGGGUGUAGGCCGCAACCGGCAAAAAGUGGACGCCAUCGAGUACGUCCGGAGGCCGGAGCGGCUGGGCCUGGGGGCUCAACCCGUCGCCCUGGCCCCUGAUCCCAGCAAACCCGUCAAGAUGGGUGAGAAGCCGCAGCGGCAGGACUUGGUACUGGCGCCAGAUGCAGAUGGCCGACAACGCAAUAUCCGUAAAUUGGACGAGCAGCUUGUGGCGCGCAGUACGGUCCUUCCAGGCCCGCAGCCCGGCAAGGACAUGCGCAUCACGGGGGGUCCACACGCGGGUUUGGCGUGUACGGCAUUGGAGGCGCUCCCCCGAGCCCCCGAGGGCAAGCCGGAGCGUUGGCGGGUACGACUAACAGCCAGCCAGGAGGAGGUGGAGGUGCUGGUUUCGGAGCUGGGGGAGAAGUGGGAACGGGGGGGAAGAUCCGAGGCGGCGGCAGAGAGACAGCGGAGCAGGGAGCCUGAGGGGGUAGCUGUAGCUGCCAGGGUCGGCGGGGGCGGUAGCAGCAGCGGAAGAGGAGGAGGAGGAGGAGGAGGAGGAGAGCGAGGAGCGGCUGCAGUCUCUAGGGGGGAACUGGCCCAAGAGCGCGAGGGGGAACGGGGGGGAGGGCGGGGUAGCACCGGCCGACGAGAGUACGACAGGGAGCGUGACGCAGGGCGGCAACGUGAGCGCGAGGGGGAGUGGGAUGAUGGCAGAGGCGAUGGAGGGAGCGGAGGCGGCGCCAGCGGGAAGCGGCGGCGGCUACGUGAGGACGGGCGGCAGCAUUAUGAGGAUGAGGAUGAUGGUGAUGGCGGGCGCAUUGCUAAGAAGUCCCGUGGGUCGGAUCGCGACCCACAAAGGGAGGAGAAGCAGUACCGGGACGAGCGUCGCACAAAUCGUGACGAGGAGCCGUACGACCAGGGCGACCGGAGAGGCGACUACCACUCGUCCGCUCACAACAAGCAGAUUCAGGACGUGCACAAACACGACAAGAAAAAGGACAAAAAGGAUAAAAAGGAGAAGAAGGAAAAGAAGAAAAAUAAAAAAGACAAGAAAGAGAAAAAAGAUAAGGACAAGGGCAGAUCCAGACACUGGGAACGAGAUCAACACGACGAUUACGAUGGCGGCGGUGGCGACCGGGGGAGGGGACGGGAGUGGUCUCGGAGCAGUAGCUCGGGGGACGACACGGAGGGGGAGGAGGAGAAGGCCGUACCUCAGCCCAGUAGCCGCCCCACGUGGCUGUUUCCGUACAUCAAGGUGCGCAUAGUGGACAAGUCCGUCCGCGGCGGCAAGCUGUACCUCAAGAAGGGCACUGUGGUGGACGUGCACCCGGGGGGCGCUGCGGAUGUGGCGGUGGACGACACGGGGGAUGUGCUGCGGUUGGCGGAGUCAUCUCUGGAGACUGUGGUUCCUCGCAGUGAGGGCGCCGCAGUGCUGGUGGUGGCGGGCCGCCACAGGGGUAGCAGGGGCAGGCUGCUGCAGGCCAGCACUGCCAACGGCGCCGCGGCGGAGAGCUGGACGAGGAGUGAUUCGGGGGUUUGGUUCGGAGUCUCGAGAGGCCCCCUGUGGGUCACGCUAGGUCAGGUGGUGGACUGGCAGUGCCGGGAAGCAGGGGACAUUAGCCAGGGGGGCCAUACACAUAAGCACGGUUCUUGCAGCGCCAACUAG